AUGACGUGUGGUGACAACGUCAUGGGUGACAGGUGUGCCAGGUCAAGCACAGUCUACGUCAGCUCACUGUCCCCUCAGCCUCUCCUGCAGGGGUGUCCAAGCCCGGAGCUCCCUAUAUGGAAGGAGGACAUGCAAAUAGGGGCCCCUGUGCUGAUGAAAACCAGCCCAGCCCUGACCCUGCAGCUGUGGGACAGGAGCCCUAGCCCCGGGAUCCCCAAGUGUCCCCAUUCUGUGAUCAGGACUGAGCACAGACGACACACCAUGGAGUUUGGGCUCAGCUGGGUUUUCCUUGUGGCUGUUUUAAGAGGUGUCCAGUGUGAGGUGCAGCUGGUGGAGUCUGGGGGAGGCUUGGUGCAGCCUGGGGGGUCUCUGCGCCUCUCCUGUUCAGCCUCUGGAUUCACCUUCAGUAGCUAUGGCAUGCACUGGGUCCGCCAGGCUCCAGGGAAGGGCCUGGAGUGGGUGGCAGUUAUAUGGUAUGAUGGAAGUCAGAAAUACUACGCCGACUCCGUGAAGGGCCGAUUCACCAUCUCGAGAGACAACAACAAGAACACGCUGUAUCUGCAAAUGACCAGCCUGAGAGCCGACGACACGGCCGUGUAUUACUGUGCGAGGGACACAGUGAGGGGAAGGAAGCUCGGACACGACAGCGGGCUCAGCCUCCUGCUCUGCUCAGGCUCACACCUCAGCCCCGGAGUCAGGCGGAGGACCGUCUGGCCAGUUCUCCACUCCCCCUCCUCUAGGACAGGACCCCCAGGGACAGACUCCUCCCCCUACUGCACAGACCUGAGUCCCCCAUAG